AUGGUGAAGGAGAAGAACUUCAAUCCGGUCCAAGCCGCUAAAAAGGCUGAGAAGCAAAAGCAGAUCAAGAAGCAGAAGGCCAAUGUCCAGGCGCAACGCAAUGAGAAGCUCGCCCGCCGCAAUCCCACCCGCAUUCAACGCGACAUUGACCACCUUAAAGAGCUCCAGGAGGGUGGGGAUUUUCGGCCACAUGAUCGAGAAAGGUUGGCCGGGCUAGAGAAAGAGCUCGCAGCCGUCAGCAAGGCGAGAGCGGCUCUUGGCGAUAAAGCCCCGCAAUUCGCGCAGGAGCGGAGAGACGAAGGAGUUGAUCGUGGAGGAAGGGGUGGUCAGCGGGGUCGAGGAGGAGGAGUGUUAGGCAAGCGGAGGCGCGACGACGGCUGGAGAGACCGUGAUGGAGAUGAGAGCAGCGACACAGAUUCCGACGUAGCGGACAUUCCCAUGCCGAAAGAUACGCCACCGCCAAUUCCUCCACGCAAUCGCGGCCGAACCUUCUCUCAGUUAGGUCCCGAGAACGCCACUCCGCCAGAGCCAAAGAAGCCGACAAUAGUCUACGAAUCUGCCCCACAAGUACGCGAUCUAAUGAAGGAGGCAGCCCAGUUUGUCCCGGCGGCUGUGGCAGCGAAGAUGAAGUUGGCAAAAGGCCAAGUACAAGGGAAGCUGAUGGAGCCGGACGAAUUCGACAAGCUGGAGCAAGAGGGCUAUUUGGGUGGUCAGAAACCCGUUAGCUCCAUAGACAAGGAGCUUGAGGAGUUCAUUCGGGGAGGACAGGAGACCACAAACACAGCAGUGAAGAGGGUUGUCGAUGCACCCGUGCAAGAAGUCGGCCAUGGCUUGGUGGCUGCUGAAGCAAAGGGCGGAAUGGAGAAUCCUGCGAAACAAGGUCAUGUUGCAGAGAGAAGCUUGCGGCAUGUUGAGAUCGAAGAGACUUGUCCCCCGCAAGAGCGGCUCUACAAAAUUCACCCUAAUCUCACCAAAUACAAGGCACCGGGAUUGGCCAAGCUGGUAAAUUGGAGACCUGCGGCACUAUCACAAGAGACAAUUUCAGUUCAGAAUGUCGUUCAUUCGUGA